AUGAAGUUCUCCCUCCUCGGUGCCAUUGCCCUCUUCGCGGCGGCGGCUAUCGGCCAAACCAACAACACCAUUGCGGACAUCAACGGUCGCACUCGAACGUUGCAGGAGGAUUACGAAGUAGACGAUGGCGAGUUGAACCGCGAGUGCCACACCCGAUGCGUGGAGCAAAGCCCGCCGCGACCGACUUCAACUGUCCUACAUUAG